AUGCCUCCAUCCACCGUCGACAACGACCGCUUCGUGCUCCUUAGGCAGCUAGGAGCAGGAGCAUGUGGCCAAGUGUAUCUUGUCACACUUAAUUUUGUACUUGAAGCUGUGGACACCGUAGAGUCCAAGCUUGUCGCUGCCAAAGUGGAAGCUAAAGAGAAGAGCUCGCUCUUGUACCGCGAGUAUCGAUGCUAUGAAGAUCUUGUUGCGAGGGGGACCUGCCAAGCACCCAAGCCGUUGUACUUUGGUACUCAAGGCAACUAUAACGCUUUAGUUAUGGAUUUGAUGGGUCGGCUUGCAGUUGGUAAAGUAUUGUAG